GUUUCACAGCACUGGAUGCCCGGCUAGAAGUGGGUCUGGAGCAACAGGCUGAACUGAUGCUCAAAAUGAUGGCGACUCUACAGGCCGACUCCAUCCUACAGGCCCUCACAUCAAGCUCAUCUACAGUGAGCCAGGCCUCCAGUGGGACUGAUGACUCCCUGCUGAGGGCUCUCCACGGAGGAGGCUCUCCUCCAGGCAGCAGUCUGAUGGUCCAGCCCUCGUCUGUCCCCAUGUUGAGUGCCUGCUUCAACAAGCUCUUCUCCAUGCUGCAGGUCCACCAUGUACAGCUGGAGUCCCUGCUGCAGCUGUGGUUAACACUCAGUCUCAACACAUGUUCUGGUGGCACUGAAGAAAGUGGAUCAGACAUCUUCCUGUUCAAUGCCAGCCGAGUGCCCACCAUCCCGCUCAACCAAGCAUCCAUCAGCAGUUUCCUAACAGUGCUGGCGUGGUACCCCAACACCUCCCUGAGAACGUGGUGUCUGGUGCUGCACUCUCUCACCCUGAUGACUAACAUGCCAGCCUGCGCCUCCAGCAAUGGGAUGAGCUCCCAGGAAAGCACCGCUCAACAGAUGGUGUCUGAUCCAACCCUGGUUCACGUCCUGGUCCGCUUCCUGUCCGGCAGCAGCACCAAUGGCACGAGCCAGCACAGCUCUCAGGUGGGACCCACCGCCACCCAGGCCAUGCACGAGUUUUUGGGCCGGCUGCAGGUCCACCUGUCCUCUACCUGUCCGCAGAUGUUCAGCGAGUUCCUGCUCAAACUGAUGCACAUCCUGUCUACUGAGAGGGGUCCGUUCCAGUCAGGCCAGGGUCCGCUUGACGCCCAGGUGAAGCUGUUGGAGUUUACUUUAGAACAAAACUUUGAGGUGGUGUCAGUGGCCACCAUCUCCUCAGUCAUCGAGUCCAUCACAUUCUUGGUCCACCACUACAUCACCUGCUCCGAUAAACUCGUUUCCCGCAGUGGCUCAGACAGCUCCGUGGCAGCUCGGGCAUGUUUUGGUGGUCUGUUUGCCAACAUCAUCCGACCAGGAGAUGCAAAGGCUGUCUGUGGAGAGACAACUCGUGACCAGCUGAUGUUUGACCUCCUCAAGCUUGUCAACGUGCUGGUGCAGCUGCCUCUGUCUGGGGACAGAGAGUUCAGUGGACGGCUGCCGCCGGCCGGCAGUGGGGCAGCUGAUAGUAGUGUGUCGGACGAGGAGAAGGUCUGUGGGAACAAAGAAAGCGUGGCUGGUGGAUUGGCAUCCAGUCAGGGUCCUCCUGCAGGUGUGGCUGACCUCGUGUUGGCAAAUCAGCAAAUUAUGAGCCAGAUCUUGUCUGCUCUGGGCCAGUGCAACAGCAGUGCUAUGGCCAUGAUCAUAGGAGCCAGUGGUCUCCACCUGACAAAACAUGAGAAUUUCCAUGGCGGUCUGGAUGCCAUCUCAGUGGGGGACGGCCUCUUCACCAUCCUCACCACCCUCAGCAAGAGGGCCACCUCAGUCCAGGUCAUGUUACAGCCCAUCCUCACAUACAUGGCCUGUGGUUACAUGGGCAGACAGGGGUCUCUUUCCACCUGUCAGCUGUCGGAGCCUCUUCUGUGGUUCAUCCUGCGAGUGUUGGACACCAGUGAGGCUCUCAAGGCCUUCCAUGACAUGGGUGGUGUGCAAUUGAUCUGUAACAACAUGGUGACCAGCACCCGGGCAAUUGUGAACACAGCACGCAGCAUGGUGUCCACCAUCAUGAAGUUCUUAGAUUCAGGUCCUGGAAAGGCAGCAGAUGGCAACCUGAAAGCCAGAGUGAUGACGUCAGAGCCAGACAAUGCUGAGGGACUCCACAACUUUGCUCCUUUAGGUACCAUCACAUCCAGCAGCCCCACAGCGCAGCCAGCAGAGGUUCUCCUCCAAGCCACGCCACCCCACCGCCGGGCCCGCUCGGCUGCCUGGUCCUACAUCUUCCUGCCGGAGGAGGCCUGGUGUGACCUCACCAUCCACCUUCCUGCUGCUGUGCUGCUGAAGGAGCUCCACAUCCAGCCACACCUAGCAUCUCUAGCCACCUGCCCCUCCUCAGUCUCGGUGGAGAUCAGCGCUGACGGGGUCAACAUGUUGCCACUCUCCACACCGGUCAUCACCAGCGGCCUGACGUACAUAAAGAUCCAGUUGGUUAAGGCGGAGGUUGCGUCAGCUGUUUGCCUGAGGCUGCACCGGCCUCGUGAUGCCAGCACCCUGGGUCUAUCUCAGAUCAAACUCUUGGGGCUGACAGCGUUCGGUAACACCUCCUCUGCAACUGUCAACAACCCCUUCCUGCCUUCUGAGGAUCAGGUCUCUAAAACCAGCAUUGGGUGGCUGCGUCUUCUCCACCAUUGCCUGACCCACGUCAGUGACCUUGAGGCCAUGAUGGCCAGUGCUGCAGCUCCCACUGCCAACCUGCUGCAGACCUGCGCCGCGCUGCUCAUGUCUCCUUACUGCGGCAUGCACUCACCCAACAUCGAAGCUGUGCUGGUUAAGAUCGGCCUGCAGUCCACUCGCAUAGGUCUUAAACUCAUCGACAUUCUGCUGAGGAACUGUGCCGCCUCUGGAACCGACCCUGGCAAUUUGAACAGUCCUCUGCUGUUUGGGCGCCUAAAUGGCCUCUCCUCAGACUCCACCAUCGACAUUCUGUACCAGCUGGGCACGACACAGGACUCUGGAACCAAAGACAGGAUUCAGGCUCUCCUCCAGUGGGUCCAUGACUCUUCACGGGUGGCGGCUCACAAGAUGAGCGGCCCCAUGGGAUACGCUGGUGCUGGCUCUUCCUCUGCUUCAUCGAGGGAAUAUGGCCUCCUCAUGCCUUCCCCGUCCCACCUCCACUGUGUGGCAGCCAUCCUGUGGCACAGCUAUGAGUUGCCUGUUGACUACGACCUGCCUGCACUGCUCAACAGAGAGCUCUUUGAGCUGCUGUACAACUGGUCCAUGUCGUUGCCGUGUAACAUUGUGCUGAAGAAGGCUGUGGAUAGCCUGCUGUGUUCCAUGUGUCACAUCCACCCCAGCUACUUCUCUCUGCUCAUGUCCUGGAUGGGGAUCGUCUCAGUUCCCAGCUCCAGUCACUCUCAAGCCCAGCACCACCGCCUCGCUAUGACGGACGAUGGCAAAAAGCAGCACAAUGCCAACGCUGCAGGACUCACCGAUGACUCCAAGCACGCGAGACCGCCCAUUAAUCUGUCGGAGUCCCAGUUAACUACUCUGGCGGCGGCCUCCCAGUCUCCAGGAGCCAUAGAGCAGCUGCUGGACUCAGGCUUACCCUCACUGCUGGUUCGCAGCCUGGCCCAGUUCUGUGUCGGACUCCUGGCUAGUGCCAACCUUCCUCUGCCCGCUGCUCAGUCCGAGAGACGACACCACCAUCACCACUAUUACUCAUCCUCCUCAUCCUCACACAGUCGGCCUCCUCUGGCUGCUGAGCUGGCUGCUCCAGUGCUGCGCUUCCUGACUGAAGUAGGCAACAGUCAUGCCAUGAAAGACUGGCUAGGAGGACCAGAGGUCAAUCCACUAUGGACGGCAUUGCUUUUCCUGCUAUGUCAUUCCAGUGCCAGUGCCAGUGCAAGUACCAGCGCAGGUUGUCAGCCUCUGGGCUCUGGAUCUACGGCAGGUCCCCCUCCAUCCCAUCCUCAGCCUCCAGGGUCAAGAUUUUCCCUGGCGUCUUCUGGGCAGGCAGGAGGACUCACCACCCAGCAGAGGACAGCUCUGGAGAAUGCCACCGUGGCCUUCUUUCUUCAGUGCAUCUCCUGCCACCCCAACAACCAGCGGCUCAUGGCACAGGUCCUCUGUGAGCUCUUCCAGUCUGCACCCCAGCGAGGCAACGUGCCGAUCUCUGGAAACAUCUCGGGCUUCAUUCGAAGGCUUUUCCUGCAGCUCAUGCUGGAGGAUGAGAAGGUCACAGUGUUCUUACAGUCUCCCUGUCCGGUGGGUAACUUUCUCUGUUGA